AUGGCGUUGAAAGCGGGAUAUGCUACCCAAACAAUUAAAUUUGAUACCAUAAUGGAGUCCAUUAAGCAGGUGGAAAUUGAAGCCAUUAGGAAGAACAAGAAGGUGACGGGGAAGGAUGGCAGGGAAAAAGAUUAUCUUCCAUACACAUACCUAAUGAGCGAGUCUAUGGAUAUGUGGACCCAGUCACAUGAUAGUGGGAGACAUUUUAGGGAAAUGACAACCAAUAUAUCAGAGUGCUUCAAUGGUGUACUGAAAGGUGCAUGGAGCCUUCCUAUUGCCGCAAUGGUUGAGGUCACUUGGUCCAAACUUGUUGCAUAUUUCUAUGACCGGCAUAAAGAAAUUACUCAUGAUUUAUUGGAGGGUAAGAGAUGGAGUACAUAUGCCAUGUCCACGUGGUUGGAAAAUAGGCGUAAAUUUGAGAAACACUAUGUCAAGGCAUUUAGCAAUGAACAUGCAAUAUAUCAAGUGUUUACUUCAAGCAACAAGUGUAGCACUGGAGGGGGAAACCACCGUUAUGAAGUUCGGUUACUGGAAAUAACAUGCAGUUGUGGGAAAUGGCAAAACAUUAAGAUCCCGUGUUCACAUGCAAUUAGAGUAUGUGAUGUGCUAAAAAUUGAUUCGACCACAUAUAUUCACCCAUGUUAUAGUUUGGAGUAUGCCUUUAACACUUAUUCACAUGCAUUUGCGUUUCCUAAGUUAGAGUCAUUGUGGAGGGAUUCCAUAGGGCCAAAGUGGUUGCUUAAUCCAGCAUUGUUGCAGGCCAAAGGUCGACCAGUGAAGUCAAGAAUAAGGAAUGAGAUAGAUAGAGUGAGAAAUAAGGAUCGAGAAUUGGGAAGGCGAAGGGAGGAUGCAGAUUUGAUAGAGAGUCAACCUAAGCAGAUAUGUGGACUGUGUCAUGCUUCCGAACAUAACCGCAGAAAAUGUCCGCAGUCCCGUGGCGCUUCGACAAGCGGUCAUGUUCCAAACUAG